AGAGAGAGAGAGAGAGAGAGAGAGCACAACAAUCAAGCGCCCGCGCGCGCUUGCUUCCGCCGGCGGGCGGGGGCCGGCCACCAACUUGGCCUUGGUACAAAGCGCCACGGCGUGCUCUUGUCCCUAUCUCAAUCUCACGCCGCAACUCGCAACCGCACUCCCCACUUUCCUUUAUCCCCAACCUCAUUUGCGUAGUCGUCGACCUUGGUCCAUGACGAUCUAAUGCCCCUCUCGGUUCUGAAACCCCGUCUGCGCCCUCUCCCACCGCCGCAGUGGGAGCCAGAGCUCGACCACCACGAUGACGAUCUCCACUGGCACGCUCACGAAUUCUCCCAUGUUACGAAGAAGAAGCCCAUCCUCGACACUGCCGAGUUCAAGAAGUUCCCUCUCAUUGGCAAGAAGCUCCUCUCGCACAAUGUCGCAAAGUACCGCUUUGGUCUUCCCAAGCCCGAGGACUCGCUCGGCCUCCCUAUCGGCCAGCACAUCUCGCUCGCCGCCGAGAUCGACGGCAAGCAGGUCAUGCGCUCGUACACCCCCACCACCCUCGACCACCACAAGGGUUACUUUGAGCUUGUUGUCAAGACCUACGAGAAGGGCAACAUCUCGCGCCACCUCAGCGAGCUCAAGAUUGGUGACACGAUGAAGGUCCGCGGCCCCAAGGGCAAGUUCAACUACAACCGCAACCUUGCCCCCCACCUCCUCAUGCUCGCCGGCGGCUCGGGCAUCACCCCCAUGUACCAGAUUAUCCAGAGCUCGAUCCUUGACCCCCUUGACAAGACUGAGAUUGACCUCGUCUACGCCAACGUCAACGAGGAUGACAUUCUCCUCCGCAAGGAGCUCGACACGCUUGCUGAGAAGUCGAACGGCCGUCUCCGCGUCUACUACGUGCUCAACAACCCUCCUGAGGGCUGGACUGGCGGCGUCGGCUUCGUCUCCAAGGACAUGAUUGACGAGCGCAAGCACUCUGCGGGCAUCUCGGCUGGCGGCAAGGUCCUCCUCUGUGGCCCUCCCCCGAUGCUCAACGCCAUGAAGGGCCACCUCACGGCCAUCGGCUACCCCGCUGCCCGCACCGUUUCCAAGCUCGAGGACCAGGUGUUCCUCUUCUAAAACGCUUGAUGCGAACAACGUGCCGGCAAUACAGUGCUUCUGGCACUAAUUGGUCUAUUAGACCCAGACGACUGGAGAGGUAGUAGACGAUAGUUUAUAUCAGGGCAUGCAUAAGGUGAUGAAG